AUGCCGCGGCCCAAGAGAGGACGUGGUAGGCCGCCUCGAGCAGCCAGAGCUGUUGCAGAGCCAGCCAGCAGCAGUCCCAAUGUCGCGAUUGAAAAAAAGCCCGAGACGAGAGGACGCCCCCGGGGACGCCCCAGGAAGACUCCCUCCAUUGCACGACUCAACAUCAACGAGGAUGAUGCUAUCCAAAGCGCAAACAGCUCUCGCGACGAGGCGCUCCCUAAGCUUGCCAACAAAGAUACGACCAUGACAAGUGAGAGAUCGGCGAUGCGCGCAAGCUCACGAAGCUCAAUAGAACUUGGGCGACAUACUGCGGCGACGCCUGGACACAACCGACGUACAAGUGGACUAGAUCUGGGCGACAGUGACUUUGGCAACUUGGAUGACAGCUUUGCGGAAGGUGACAUUCCCAGUACGGCGCUCUCAGGGGAUAUUUCAACCUUGUCAUACAGCGCCCUCCGCUCUCAGUCGCGACGGUCUAGUUUCAUAGGAAGAAACGACCCCCCCAUUCGACCCAGCAGCAGGAGCGGAACUACCCCUAGGGUUGGCUCUUCGUUCAACCUCGGUCUCUUCAAGAGGCGUGCGCGAGAACCAAGUAUUCUUGGUGCGAACCGAAAACCUCUACAUGACUCCUCGACGGUCGUCCAAGACUCUGAAGAAGACAGCGAAGAGGAAUUCGAACCCGAGGCUGAGUCCACGCCAUUAAAUAACAGACGACGCACUCGCGGAAAGGACGAAAUCGAAGCACCAGAAUCACCAGAGGCUGCCGAGUCCUCCAACCCGAGGAAGCGCAAAAGUCUAGAUGUGCAGCAGAGUAGCACACGGCCUGAGAAGGUAUCGAGAACAGAGCCUGGACCAUCCAGACAGCCGGGCGACCGGAGCUUGUCUGAAUUGCCAGAUGCCCCUCCAUCAUCUCAAGAGGAUCCUAUGGACGACACCAGCGAGUCCGAAAUAUCAGAACUCUCCUCACCCAGAGGACCCCCCGCCAGGCUCCCUCAACGCCCAGUCACACCAGUCAACCUGGAGGAAAUUGCAGCUCCCCCAGCAAGUAGCGGGUCAGAAGGGCCGGAUAUGUGGCCGGAUAUUCGAUCACUGGCCAAGAAACGCCGCCGACCUUCCGUCACCACUCCCUCGCGCCUUUCUAACCUCUCCGACAUGUCCUCGCCCCCUUCACUUACACAUUCACCAAACUACGACGCAGCCAAGACUGGCAAGACGCGUGGGCGGCCACCGCAACGACAGCAAGCCUCGCCCAAGAUGACUACGGCUGAUCUUGCGAGCUUGCUGCCCAAGCGGCGAUACAAGAAGUCGCGCGAUCCGCUCGGCCUAGAGAGCGAUGAAGAGCUUGAUACCUCGGGACUGGGCCACGAGGAUGAUGAACUAUCUCAUCUAGACACCCAGACGGCCCGCCGGCGGAAGAGGGGAAGGCCACCUCGCUCGGCUUCUCGCGGUGGCAAGCCUGGUGGUUCAUCUCGGCGUACCCUCAGAUCACGUUCUCGCCAUUCGUCAGACAAGGAAAAUGCACGAGACGACGGCAGAGGCAGCGAUAGCAAUGAGAGCGAGGAUGAGGAUGGAGGGGAGGGUGUGAGCAGGUUUGUUCCUCUGGCGGAUAAUACGUUUGACGAAGCCUCCGCCAGAAGCCCAGCCAACGCCGUUCCUACUGAGGAGCUGAAGCAAGCGAGCAGCAAGUUCAAAGAAGUAGACAAGUGGGAGUUGGAAUUUGAGGAGGUGGCGGAGGCUUCGUCGCCCCAGGAUGGAAGGUGA